UUUCUCUCUCUUCUCGUUUCCAUUUGUUUAUGGUUGAAAAAGACGUAAUAUUGACAAACCCUUAAACUUGUUUUCAACCUCUGCGCAAUUGUAACUAGCAACUAACGACCCCCCCCCCCUUUCUUUAUCUCCUUCCAUAUGGCCUCGAUUUCUGGAGCAGCCGAACGCCGAGACUCCAGAUCCGGCGGCAAGAUUGUGCGGCCGCGGCGAACCUUGUUGCGUAAGACGCCUUACGACCGCCCAAGAUUGCUCAAUUCAACUCAGCAAAACCCUAAUUGGAUCUCCAGGCACAUCUUUUCCCCCACUCGGGCCAUCGUCUCCGGUGCCACCAGGGUGCUCUCCUCUGUUUUUGGCUUUGAAUCUUCAUCCUCCUCUUCUUCGUCUUCGUCGUCUUCAGACCGUGAUUCAACUUCAGAUGACACUGCUGGUACAAAUGAUGGUCAGGAUGUCUCGACUGAAGGGUUUAAUAACAUAGGACAUAGUGAGCCCCAACCUUUUGCAGGAAAGAUUGAAACCAAGCGUCUAAUAGAGCAGCUUCUCAUGCAGGAGUCAUUCUCAAGGGAAGAGUGUAAUAAACUAACAAAUAUUAUCAAGUCAAGAGUUGUGGAUUUUCCAAUGAUCAAAGGCAUGGGGCUUGAAAGGUUAAAUGAAACGCCUAACAGAACCGGUGGAACUGAUGUUGGUAUUGAUGAUCUUUGUGACACAGCUGUUAUAGAGGCCAAAAAGUGGUUAGAGGAGAAGAAGUCAGGAUCAAAUUCUAAGUCAGAGUUUCCCCAUGGGACCUCUGCCCCAAAUUUUGUUACGUUGGCACAUAGUGUUGAAGGUGAAGCAGGAUCACCUGUGGACAUGGCCAAAACAUACAUGCGAACUCGUCCUCCAUGGACAUCACCUUCUACAAACAAUAUUGAAUUUAGAUCUCCAUCACCACUUGGAGUGCCCCUUUUCAAGGAAGAAACACCAUAUUCAAUUGGGGGCAAGUAUUUGUCCUCAUCCAAGCGGAAAAGGGAUUCUCCUGCCACUGGUUCAUGGAACAUCCAAGAGGAAAUACGAAAAGUAAGAUCUAAGGCAACACAAGAAAUGCUGAGAACUCUAUCAUCCCAAAAAGUUGACUGGUCUUCACUUGCCUUAGAACAUAAAAGUGUUCCUGAUACUUUAUCUGCCAAAAACUUAGGCCCUGCCGAGGAAAUUAACCUGCAGAGCCCUAAAAAACCAGUAGAUGCAUCUGAAGACUUGGCUACAAGACCAGUUUCACUGACUCCAGAAGUUGCAUUAAAUAGUGAUGCUUUACCAGUCCCCGCAACUCUUGGUUGUGAAGAAAACCAGGAUAUGGAAGCUGUUCAAAGCAGUGAGGGAAAAAGAGGUAAGACACUAGAUGAGGGACAGAGACUUCAAUCAGCAAUAAACUUCAAAACACCGUCAAAUAGUGAUGUCGAUCAUUUCAAGGACGCCAAUGGGUCUACCCUGCAGUUUGAUUCCACUAGGGACGGAACUGUACAGGUAGGCUCACAAAUAGAAGACAAAAAUUGUUCUACAAUAAAAGAAGUUGCUGAAACUGGCGGUGCUGCAGCCAAUGGGUUACCUUCUUCAGGAUACAGUAUGCCAGCUGAAGUGGAAAAAGAAGAAAACCAUGGAGCAAUAAAUGAGGAAGAGAAUAAUACAGUUGGUUCAGGUGAUGAGAAUGCAACAAGAGUGGGUGAGGCUUCCAUAGAAGUGGCAGAAGUAAAUGAAAAUGAUGUCGCCAUAUCCGAUUCCCAGCACAGUUCAAGCAUGAAAUUUGAAGGUGAAGGUGAAGGUGAAGAUUUGGCACAGAAGCCGAAUACACGACACUCAAAAAGGAAAAGCAACAGUGUUAUGGAGAAGCAGGAGGUAAAGAAAGUGAGCAGAAACAACAGGAGAGGGAAGGGACGGGUGAGAUGAAGUAUGUUGUACUAAUAAUGUGCUCAUAGUUUAGUGUAAAAUGACCUGUAAACUAUGAUGAGGAUAAUAAUAUGGCAUGCCCGUAUUAUUUGUAGACUGUAGUAUGUAUUGUAAUUCGGUGUUAACCCUUUUAUGGCUUGUCUUGUCUGUCAAGAUGGAGGGGGAUUUAUUUAGGUCAGUGAGGUUUCGUCAGUUCAGGAAUUGAUUUUUGUAUGUCCAUCAUCACCCUUGUAAACCAAUCGUGACUCUAGUGGGUACUAGUUGUAAGCACUUUUUUCUUGUCUCGGUACAAUAUCCACUUGAAUACGUUAAUCUAUAUGGAUUACAAGAACAAUAGUUACUAUUACGUAAA